UCUAUCCCCAGAGAAGGGGCAGGGACUGGCCAAUGGUGAUGGGGAUCAAUUUGAUUCAGAAAUCUUGUGCAUUUCUGUAACAGCAGUUCUUCAUCAAGGGAUCCUGAGGUGUAAUGGCAAAUGAAAGUCUACUCUUGCAUGCAAGCAUUCUAAAGAGCUGCCUGAAGUCUGCUUCCAUAGAAGUAGGCCGUCUCACCAGGGGUGAAUCACUGAUCCAACUUCAAAAAUGCAGUGGUAACAGUGUUGGGGUGAAUGCUUGAAAACAGCUUGCUUUGGCUUCAGCGUCCUUUGCUUUGACUCCUAUGUUCUUUGCAUCUGUUCUCUCAGAUGGUGCUGUGUUGUGCUGGAAGGUGUCCCUGCCUGUGUCAGGUGACUGAACUAGAUGAUCUUUAAGGUGCCUUUCAACCCAAACAAUUCUAUGAUUCCACGUUGUGUUCAAGUCAUUUGCAAAGCUUUAUCAUUGGUCCACUUCUCACUGUUUCCCACUGAGCACCCCAGAAAUUGUGUGUGUUAAGAAACUUCGAUUCAUCCCACCUAAAGGAAGUGGGAAACUUUUAUGUUCCCUUAGUUAAAAACAUAAUAGUUAUCCUGGGCUCUGCUGUAGAUGUGAAAAAGCUUCACUUUCAUAGGGUUUCGCAUAGAGAGCUAAGGAUCAUCUAGAGUUAACCAGCUGAAUAUGGAAUUGUAAUGCCUUAAGACGCUUGGAAAAAGAAGUCAUCAUGGAAUAUCCCGAGUUGGAAGAGACUCAUAAGGAUCAUACAGUCCAACUCCUGGCUCCAGCUCAAGUUCUGUAUCUGAAAAUGUUGUCCAAAUGCUUCUAGAACUCUGGCAGCUUGUGGCUGUGCCCACUGCUCUGGGGAGCUUGUUCCAGGCCUCAAAUCACCCUGUCAAUGAAGAACCUUUCCCAGACACUCAACCUGACCCUCCCAUCACACAGUUCCAUGCUGCUGUCACCAUUAAAGAGACUUGUAGCUCAAUAAAACAAGUCAUCUCAUUUUAACAUCAGCACUGGGUUGUCUUUGAGUUGAAAAAUCACCUGGCUGGAAUAGAAAGGGACAUCAGGAUCCUGAUUGACUGUGUUAGGUGGAUCCUUAUCUUGAGAUGACGUUUCCAGAGUGGGCAGCCUUAUCUAGACACUGCUGGAUCCAUUUAUAUCUAUGAGAGAGCUGUAGGAGCUCUCUCUGGGAUGAGGUGCAGGUGAUCAGUUGAGAAUAUGUGACUUGGUGACUCUCCCAAGGCUGUGCAGGAGUCUUGUUGUUGAUCAGGAUUUCCCCUUUGCCCCAGGCCCUCCCCUGUGUGUUAAUCCUAAAUCAUUUUGCCUUUCAGUUCUUUGUGAGUGAACAAAGUCAUGAAUAUAUUUAUAUGCCUGUAAAUAAGAUAGCUUAGCAGUUUCCACAAAUACUGUAAUUUCCAAAGAUGUUCUCCUUCGGGUAAGCCUGGGAAAAAUCUAAGCUUAUGUAGCCACAGGUUUUGGGUCUUUUAUCUCAUCCUGCGAGGCUGAUAACAUCUGGAAUAGUUGCAUUUUUAUAGUGUCAAUGCAUGAAGGACUGCAGAGCACUUUAAAGCCAUUCAGGGGCUCAGAGAUAAUGACUUGUUGAUUUUAUUUGCCAUCCUAGACUUGUUUAUACAUCACCGUAUUGUAGGCUAGCCAGCCUUGACUCUUUCAUUAAAAAAGAGCACUGAGCCUAAGCACCAAUAAUUGGAAAGGGAGCUGAUAUGUAAAGUAGGCCUAAUGCCAAAUUUGUCAUCUCACAGGGAGCUCUGCAAAACGCUGGCACCUGGGGCUCUGUGUCUCUCCAGCAGAGCCAGGACUUUGUUGUAGGAGUGUGUGGCUUGAGGACUGACAAACAGAUUGCCUUUAGGAUCAUCGCUUCCUGAGUGGGCACGGUUGUCUUUGUAUGUUCAGAGAGACUUUGCUUUUUGAUUGGGGACCAGCAGAUACUCAAGGAAGGCUGGCAAAGGGUAUCCUGUGUUCCUCAUCAGUAGGGGUUUUGCAAUGGGCAAGAAGAUUUGUGUGCAGUCCAACUACUGUACUUGUGGAUGUAAGUAGGAGUGUACCCCCUGACUCUGGGUCGCCCUGAGUCUGCCCACGAUGUCCCCUUGCCAGGUUUUCUAGAAGGGAACAGAAUCCAUUUAAAAACAGAUUUGGAAGCUUACAUUCGCUUCACAAUCUUUGGUGAUAAAAUGAAGCAAAAUAAAACACUGAUGCCAUGAUAAAUGAGUACUCCAACAUUAUUUUUACAGACCUUGUAAAAGUAAUUUCCUGAUAAAGUCUGCAGAUAAAACACCGUAGAGGAGUCAGACUAUUGAUGUGUCAGAGAGAAAUGAAUUGACUGGGAAGGAAAGCUGUAGCUCACGCUGCUGUGGAAAGAAUACUCGUAACGCUUUCCCCUGGCCUCUUGGACCUCCCUAUUUGGCUUUAGAAAGGAGAGAUCAGGGUCAUUAUUAAAACAAGUGCUUUUGGGAGUUCUGUUGGACUGCAUGUGAAUGAAUCUGUUGGCAAGGCUGUGGGAACAGUGUGACUGGUGGCUAUGGGUUGGCACAUAGCAGAGUAGGUCAUGGGCAAUAAUACAUUAGGAAGGAGGGGAGGGCUUGCUGCAUCUGUAACUAGCAUCUUUAAUGCUAACGUAAUUAACUUAGUGUUGCCAAAUCCCGUCUCUCUGGAGAUACUGCUCCUUACACGGAUGGUAUGUACUGAACUGCUUAAAAGCCCUUCUACCACUCCGUGGAAAUUAGGUUGCCUGCUGAGAUGGUGGAUUCCCCGUCCUUGGACACAUUCACGGUCAGGCUGGAUGAGGCUCUGAGCAACCAGAUCUAGCUGUGGAUGUCCCUGUUCAUUGCAGGGAAGUUGGACAGAUGGCCUUUAAUGUCCCUUCCAACUCAAAUGAUUCUGUGAUAUUACUCCUUCCCAUAAGAAUGCUGAGGAAGGAUGAAGAGAAGGAGAAACGUGAUGGACUAACCAUGAAAGCUGGAACAAGAAAAAGGAAUGACAGCUGAGAAGAUACAGAGAGCACUGUGGGCUGAGAGAAGUGUCUCAUGCUUUGAAACAGAAAUAGCUGAGCAGAGGGAAAAGACGUGGGGGGUAUGUUUGGGUGGAGAUGACUUUGGGGUUGUUGAGUAGCCCAUCCCAGCACCAGAAGCACAAACAGGUGAUAGAAUGGGAAACAACCAGGCGGAGGGGUGUGCCUUUAGCUUUUUGCCUCUUGCUUUUCACAUCAGAAGUUACUGGCUUAUAGUAGGACUGUGAUUGAUGGUGCCUGGGAUAGAAAGUUGCUUAAACAUAGGAACAAUUGUAAGUUUCUGAUGGAUAGCCAUGUCUGCCGAUAUACUCACGAACUUGCAUACAUUUUUAAAAAAAUAUUAACCCUUGAAAUCUCUGAACCUGACUCCUCUAAAAAAUAACUCCAGGCGGUUGCUGAUUUUCAGAUUGAAGUUUUCCCUGAUCAUCAAAGUUGCCUGCUUGCAUGAUAUAGCUAAGUCUUAGCAAUUUGUGCACAAAGUUCUUACUUUUGGCUAAGCUGUCCUUCUCUUUCAGCCAAGAAUGAGCAAAGUCCUCAUUUUGUGCCUGGAGUUCUUUUUGGUAGCCAGGAGGCAGCCAUCUUCAAGCCACCUUGCCACUUUACAUGGGAAUGAGGGCUCCAGCAUUGAGGAUGCAGACUUCAACUGGGAUGAGUUCCUGGAGGAAACAGGAGCCAGUGCUGCUCCCCACACCUCCUUCAAACAUGUUGAAAUCAGCCUCCAAAGCAGUUUUCAGCCAGGGAUGAAAUUGGAAGUGGCCAACAAGAGUAAUCCAGACACAUACUGGGUGGCUACAAUCAUCACAACCUGUGGACAACUCUUACUGCUUCGUUACUGUGGCUAUGGGGAUGACCGGAGGGCAGAUUUUUGGUGUGAUGUAAUGACAGCAGACCUUCACCCUGUUGGCUGGUGUACACAGAACAACAAGGUCCUGAUGCCUCCAGAUGCAAUCAAAGAGAAAUAUGUGGACUGGACGGAGUUUCUUAUCCAUGAUCUGACUGGCGCCCGGACUGCACCUGCAAAUUUACUGGAAGGCCCUCUGCGAGGAAAAAACCCUGUAGACCUCAUUACAGUUGAUUCCUUAAUAGAGCUGCAGGAUUCCCAGAAUCCCUUUCAGUACUGGAUAGUUAGUGUGGUUGAAAAUGUUGGAGGAAGAUUACGCCUUCGCUAUGUGGGAUUGGAGGAGACUGAAUCCUAUGACCAGUGGUUGUUUUACUUGGAUUGCAGACUUCGACCAGUCGGUUGGUGUCAAGAGAAUAAAUACAGAAUGGACCCACCUGCAGAUAUCUAUUCUCUGAAGACGAUAUCUGAGUGGAAAUGCGCCCUGGAAAAAUCCCUAAAUGAUGCAGCAAAUUUUCCUCUUCCAAUGGAAGUAUUCAAGGACCAUGCUGAUUUGAGAAACCACUUCUUCACUGUGGGGAUGAAGUUGGAGGCGGUGAAUAUGAGGGAACCGUUUCAUAUCUGUCCUGCAUCAGUGACUAAGGUUUUUAACAAUCAUUAUUUGCAAGUGACCAUUGAUGACUUGAGAUCUGAACCCAGCAAAAUCUCAAUGCUUUGCCAUGCGGAUUCCUUAGGGAUCUUGCCAAUACAGUGGUGCCUUAAAAAUGGAGUCAAUCUCACACCGCCCAAGGGUUACUCUGGCCAGGACUUUGACUGGGCAGAUUACCAGAAGCAAUGUGGAGCGGAGGCAGCACCUCACCUGUGCUUUAGAAACACAUCCUUCAGUCGUGGUUUUACGAAGAACAUGAAGCUGGAGGCAGUGAACCCUAGGAACCCUGCAGAGAUAUGUGUUGCUUCUAUCACUUCAGUUAAAGGACGGUUAAUGUGGCUUCACCUCGAAGGUUUACAGAUGCCCUCUCCCGAGUACAUAGUUGAUGUGGAGUCUAUGGACAUUUUCCCAGUUGGUUGGUGUGAAGCGAAUGCUUAUAACCUUACUCCACCACACAAAGCUGUUUUGCGAAGGAAGAGAAGAAUUGCUGUUGUGCAACCAGAAAAGAAGUUACCAUCCUCAGUGCCUGUUGAGAAAAUACCUCAUGACCUCUGCCCAGUUCCUCAGCCAGACACAACAGGCACCAUCAAUGGGAGAUACUGCUGCCCCCAGCUCUACAUCAACCACCGCUGCUUCUCAGGUCCAUAUUUAAACAAAGGCAGAAUAGCAGAGCUACCUCAGUCUGUCGGGCCUGGCAAGUGCGUGCUGGUCCUUAAAGAGGUUCUGAGCAUGGUGAUCAAUGCAGCUUACAAGCCAGGGAGCGUUUUACGAGAACUGCAGCUGGUGGAAGAUCCUCAGUGGAAUUUCCAAGAAGAAACGCUCAAAGCAAAAUACAGAGGGAAGACAUACAGGGCGACUGUUAAGAUUGUGCGAACGUCGGAUCAGGUAGCAGAUUUCUGCAGAAGAGUCUGUGCAAAGUUGGAGUGCUGUCCCAAUUUGUUCAGUCCUGUGCUGGUGGCUGAAGUCUGCCCAGAGAACUGCUCCAUUCAUACUAAAACCAAGUACACUUAUUAUUAUGGAAAGAGGAAAAAAAUCAUUAAGCCACCAAUUGGGGAAAAUAAUAACAUGAAAAGUGGGCAUGUCAAGCCCACCAGACGCAGAAAAAGGCGGAAAUCCAUCUUUGUGCAGAAGAAAAGAAGGUCAUCAGCUGUUGAUCUAAAUGCUGCAGGCUCUGCAGAGGAGAGCGAAGAAGACGAGCCGGAUGCAGUUGAGGAUGAGACGGGAAGCGAGGAGACGAGCUCAGAGCUCCGUGAUGAUCAGACAGACACCUCCUCUGCUGAGGUCCCUUCUGCAAGGCCCCGGAGAGCAGUUACCUUGCGCAGCAGCACUGAGUCGGACAGACCUCCUCCUACGGAGAGGGCCCGGCGGAGCCGCCGGCCACAAGCCGUGUCUUGCAGUGAGGUGGAGAAGUCACCACAGCUCAAGGAAGAAAUUAAGCACGAAGAAGAAGAGAAGCUCAUCCUGGACAGUAAUCCCUUGGAGUGGACUGUGACUGAUGUUGUGAGGUUUAUUAAACUGACUGACUGUGCACCCCUUGCCAAAAUAUUUCAGGAGCAGGACAUUGAUGGCCAAGCCCUUCUGCUGCUGACGCUGCCCACGGUGCAAGAAUGCAUGGAGCUGAAGCUUGGGCCAGCCAUCAAACUGUGCCACCAGAUCGAGCGAGUAAAAGUCGCGUUCUAUGCACAAUAUGCCAACUGACUGCACUUCUCUCUUUCUUUCUGUUCACCUUCUCAUUCCCUCUAUUUUUUAACAUCACAACUUGUUCACGUUUUUUUUCCUCUUCCUCUUUUCUUAAAAAAAACAGAAAACAAAAAACAAAAAUCAUGGAAUUGGAAGCGCUGAGAAUUAAUCUGUAGGGGGAAAAAUAACACAACAAAAAAUCCAGCAACAAAUUGAACUAACUGUUGUAAAGCACAGCGCUGGUAUCUCUCCUCGUGAGCUUUGCCAGCAUGUUUUGCUGCAGUGCAAGGCCAGCAUGGAUCAGAUGGAUUGUCGUCCUUUAAAGCAAAGCUACCUAUGGCAGAUACGUUUCCACGGUGAAUAGUUGGACAUUUUCAGUAAUGAUGGUUUGUCUUCGUCAAUUUCUGGACAUGAGCAAUCCUUUUAGUCAACUCUGACACACUUCUUUCAUAUUGAAAUGGAAGUGAGAAUUUGUAACAUUACCUGGGCUUUACUGCAAAUUUGAUCUUAGUGAUCAUUAGGCUUUCUUUCACCUCCCCAGUCAUACAAAAGGAAGAAGUGUUAUACCAGUCAUAUGCUGUUUGCUAUUGAGUGAGUUAUAAAGCAGGACUCAACCCACUGUCUUUGAAUGGUAUCACACAAAGCUGCAGCCAGUUGACAGACCUUAGGCAUAAUAAUGUUUUCUGAGCAAUGGUGGCCACAGUGAGCUGAAUGUCUCACUGAUGGGAUCUGUGCAGUACUGCAUUCAUGUGAAGGACCAUACAUGAAAACCUCCAAAGUCAAGCUUAUCCAGUUAUAUUUGGGUCACUAAACAUAGGCCAGACUUUGCAACUCAAGGGGUGAAAAAAAUAGGGGGAGGGGAGUCCAGAUUUAAUGGCAAGACUGUUCAGCACAUGCUGAUUUAACUUGCACCUUUGUCAGUCUGGUUACUAGGUGGGAAUAAAAACCAUCAAUAUUUUCAGGCUGUGUACACCAUGGUGCUUUAGUCCAACUGACACAUCCAACCCAGUGCAUCUUCUGUCAGUAAUCUGUAUAAAGCCUCAACUGUGUCCCAGUGGCAGACUGGCCAGUGAAACUGGGGGCUUGCUUCGUGCCAAGUAGGGUGAGCACCACGGGGAGUGAAGAAGCGGGACAGACAUCUUGGGCUUGCCUCAAUUGUGCAUACAAGAUCAGUAUUUUCUACUUACUUUACAGGGAUAUAUGGCCCUGUGAGUGCCACAUGUUGACCUCAGCAGUGGUUGGUGGCAUCACAUUGGUGUAAAAUUCUCUUGAAAGCAAGAACCAAACUGGUUCUUCAGACCAAGUCUGAAUUUUGCUCUGACUUUAGGUACAGGUGAAUUCUUCCCUCAAAAAGUGAAUGGGGUAGUUUGGGCUGAUUUCAUCAGAAACCACUGACUUCAGAAGAAUUUUUUUCUACAAACUGGAAACAGAACCCAGUUCCCUGUUCUCAGGGAACACAGCCUAGAAAUAUAGUACAAUCACAUCACAGUGUUGUGAUGCCAAAGCCUACUCAACUAAGACCUCUUCAAAAAUAAAUGUCAUUUCUAACUCUGAAUCUGAAGAGAUUUCUUAGGGCCAAUAACCCCAUCUCAAACAGUUAACAUAUGGUGACAGCAGACUUGGAUCACAUGGUCCUACAGGGCUCAGUGCGCUCAGGAGAACCUACUGACCAACAUCAGGCUAUAGCUGGUUUCCUCCUUCCUCAGUUCCUUCCUUCAUCAGUUUCCUCCUUAAAAUCUUUGGUUUAGAGGUGGAAAGCCUCAGAAAUAGAGAUUCUGAAUUAUGUCCAGAUUUGGUCUGGGGCAUGGAUUAGGUAAGAAGUAUAGCCAUGCAUUGUGAAGACAUUCUAGUCCAUCUUUAAGGGGGAUUCCUGAUUUGCCACUGGGGAGUGUGAUGUGUGCAAGCUGGGCCAAUUCCUGCCAGCUCAUGAGACUUCACAGAAUAUUUUCUUCUACUGAAGAUCUUGAGAAUUGGGCUUCUGUUGUCUGUUGAAUUGAUUGCCCCUCAGAGAAGCUGGAGCCCUCUUAGUUUCUUAAACAAGUAGGAAGUGGGCUCACACUUUAAUUGAACAUUAUAUUCAGAUUGUCACUCGAAGCUUGGGCAGCGAUCAGAGAGAACUGCAUACUCUUUCCUGCACUUCAUUUCAAUUCCUGAAAAUUAACCAGGGUUUGCAGUAAUUUAUUUCAAAAGAGCAAUCAUCCUAGGGUAAAAUGGCACCUUUGCUAAGUAGAAGCACUUUUGCAAGAUAGUCACAAGGAAGACCUGGGGAAUCCACACUCUUUGACUGACUAACCAUCUCUGGAUCAAGCCUUUCUGUAUUCAGUCAGGUGAUUUUAAAUCUCCCAUAGCUAAUUCUAGAUGCUCUUCAACAUUCAAUUAAACCAUCUGUUACUAAGCAUCGCAAUGUUAACAUUUAUAUGAAGGUAGUAGAUCACAGAAGACCUGUGAAAUAGAGAUUGCUGUAUUUAUGUCUCUUCCCUCUUUUAUUUCAUUUUGUUCAGACCAAUUUCCACAUGACAUUUUUAACUAAAUUGUCUUGUAAUAUGGUGACUUAGAUUUUUUUUUUUUUUUUUUUGAACACUGGAGGUGUUUUUGGUCCUUCAUAGAUUCUGGGCCUAGUUCAGAGUUGGUGCAACUUAAUAGAUAUACUGGUGACAGUGAUGAAGGCACAUCUCAUUCUGAAUUCGAUACACAGGGCUGAAAUAUAUCACAUUAUCAGUUAAAGUGAUGAAUUCAUGGUUAACCAAGGCCACUACCGAGGGCUGAGGAGCAACCCCGCAGUUGCUUUGGGCUUUUGGAUGCUGAAUUUCAGCACACUCACACUGACCACCUUUCUUCUACAAAAAGGGUGAUCAGACAGCUGUUGUUGAUCUCUAUUCAGGCAUAGGACUAAAGAUGGACAUUUCCGAAGCUUUGUGCUCUGGAACGCAAUGAGUAGGAGGGUGUAGUACCUGCCCAUCUCCAUUUGGCUUCUUUUGAGCUAGAUCAAGUUCAGAAGGGUACCUGCUUCCUUUCCAUCAGCUUGUACAGAAUCCAACCAGUCUGUAGUCCUACGCUGGUUUCUGAGGGUGGAUUAAAGCAGUAACUUAGAGGAAUGUCUUAUGACUCCCAGCUGGUAGACCUGCUUGCUUCCUGCUGUCAUGGAUGCUCCUCUACCACCUCAAAGGAAGAUGAUCUCUUUGAUUUCAGAGCUCUUCUUCCCUUUCCAGAUUGAAAACACAGCUCCAUCCACACCCCCUGUUCUUUCCUCAGUGCUAGAAUGACUGCAGCUCUGAGAAGGGUUUCAAGGUCCCCAGCUCUACCAUGUUAGCCAUAUGCAAUAGAUCUCAAGAGUUUGGUUUUGCAGGAUGCAGAAAACGCAGAAAUGCAGUGUUGACUUACAAAAUCAGGACAAGUGCUUACACACCCUGUCCUUGAUGAAGCAUCUCGCAGAUUUGUGUCCUAGAAGAAAUAGCCUGAUCCACAUUUACAGACGUAUUCAAAUGUCUGAAGGGAUGUACAGAGUUUCUCAGUAAAAGAUUCAUAAUGCCCAGUAAGAUUUUUCACCUUGGCUAAACAUCUGAUCUGCCUUAAACUGAAAUGUUGCCAUUCCUUGGCUUUAACUUGCAAGCUUUUGCAGCCCAUAGAUGUGGACUGAAGCAAACACCAUCUCAGCUCUCCAAAGGCCAGCCAGACAUCGAGUUGCCAUAAUCAAUUGCUGAUUGCCUGUGCCCUGAUCAUGUUGGGGCACAAAAUUGAUUUUGAUGGAGCUGCAGUGUAACUGCAGUGCUUUUUAGAAGCUCAGUACCGUCAAGGUAUUUCAGAUGAUUUUUGGUUUUCUGCUGCACAGUGUCUGGAAGAAUAAUGCAGCUCAUACUGUUCCUCCUAUUUCAAAAUUCAAGUGCCAAAAGGGAAGAACGUGCUGCAACUGAACACCAUUAAAACCAGCUUUAUUACUUGUGGAUAAUUAUGGUCUCAAGGGCUCCAUUUUGGUGCUAGAAUAUGCCAUGCUGUAUUUUCCAUUGCUUGGAAUUACAAAGUUGAUUCCUUUCUUCAGGAAAUAUUUUCUGUAAUCAAAAACAUCUUAAAUAUUGGGAUUGUAUGAUUGUGUUUAUUUCUUGUUCUUUAAUUCAGAUACACUCAACAAAUGAAUUCCCCUCCCUGCAGUCGUGUGAGUUUUUGAGAAAUUUUGUAAGGUAUAUAUGUAUAUGUAUAUUUAAAAACUCUUUACAAAUUGCAGUGCAUGCCUAUUUUUUCCCUUGAAAAUAUUUUCUCAUAUCAGCUGGCCUAUGAUUAAGGGAAUUUGUUACUCAGGAUUCAAUCCAGAAGUGACCGAGGUUAGAAGUGUCCUCACACGUGUGGGCUUUGGGACAGGGUCUCCAUCAAAUUCUUUCACUUAGAAGUUAGAAAGUGUGCAGUUAAUUAAUACAAAAUUUAAAAUCUACCCUCCUCCAGCAGGCAGAUAUCCUGCUGAAAUCUGCCAGACUUAAUGAGAAGAGGGCUCAUGUCUUUAGGUACUCAUGAACUCCAAAUGAAAGGAGCAGAAACAUUUAAUGUUCUCAUUUAUUAUUUGGUACGAUACUCCAGCAACAAGUGCAAAUUAUCUGAUGUCUGCAUUUAGAAUAUGAGUCAGUCAUCAAAGAAUGAGAGUUUUACAGCCCAGUAGUCCUUUAAAUGUCAUCUGUCCUGGAGGAGAAGAAUAAUUUUACAAUGAUUUGGUGCCAUGCACUGGAAUUCUCUUGCAGAAGACAGAUGAACUGCACAAAAACAUAUUGGGUCAUCAUUUUAAGUACGCCCUUUUAAUUGCUUUAGUCUUUCAUGGGAAAAAGGUUUUCAUGUUGCUGGUUUAAAACUCCCACUUUUGUAAUGGCUCAUGGCACAGCAUACUAGCAGAAUGCAUUUGCGUCUGUUGUCACGUUAUGUGUGAGUGUGGAGGUGUUUGUGGACAAGCAGAUACUUCAGAUAGGACAAGGAGAUCUCCCUUCCUUGUACCUUGUUUUAAUAGUGUCCUCUGUGGAACAUGGAGGGCACGUGCUCCCCAGAGCACAUCAUGGAGGGAAAUGUUUCCAGCAAUGCUGUUGUUGCAUGGCCAUGUUGCCCAAGUAGCCUAAUGCAGCAAGAUAAUUGCAGCCUACCAACAGAUAUUCCUGACCUUGAUAUCUACCUAAGGUAGAUGUAGGAGUAGGCAGGGAGGGUUUUCAGGGAAGAAGAGAGGGUUGGAGUUCUGGGUUUGAGGGUCUUCUCAUGUGAGGAAAGGGCAGCUGUGGUCUAUCAGCAUAAAUUCCUCAAGACAUCUCUGUCUUUCUCAUAGUAAAUAAAGAUGCUCUGAGCCCUUGCAGGGGCCAGGUGUGAGGGAGGAAAAAAGCAGGCAGUAUAUUCACAGCUAGAAAGCUGGAAGUUUUCUUUCUUGUUUUGCUUAUGGAGAUGUAGGGAUUUGGCUCUGAAGGGUGGAUUGGAGAGCAGUAGGGAAGAUCCGUCUUUAUUCCUUGUACUCAGCUCCUGUACAUCUCCUGGUUUCUGGAGGCAGCUUUCAGACUUCCAAGGGAAAUGUCAGGGACUGAAACUUGAGCUCUCUCCCAUAGAAAUAGGUGAUACUGCGUUAAGCUCAGGUGGUGGAUCUACAAAAUGCUGUUGCAUUUAUGAUGUGAGAAGACAAAAAUCAGCAUUCCCAAGUCACCAGUCUGCUUGUUGCUGCUCCAGCCUCACUGAAGUUUAUGACCAUUAUAUCUGCUUAUAAAUGCAUACAGGGAUAUAAUGUACAGGCAGGCAUUCACUGUGAUGUAGUCCAAAAGUGGUGAAAGAUCUCAAAUGCAGGCUUUGGAAGGUUGAGUUGAGUCUUCUCUUGUGCCAGGGUGAGGCAAGGCAAACACUCAGACCCAUAUGACAGUUAGGGAACAGCAGAAAUGAGCUCAACAACCAGCAGACACAGUCCAUUCGUGGUGAUGCACAUUGGAAAUCUUUGAAUUGUUUUGCAUUCCAGUUUGUAUGGAAGAUUUGAUUCAAACAGUGUAUAUAUAAUCCCUUUGGUGUGUUACAAAUAUAUAUGUGUGUGUGUAUAUAUAUGUAUAUAUGUGUGUGUGUGUGUAUAUAUAUGUAUGUGUAUAUAUAUAUAUACAUAUAAACCAAUCAAUGCUGGUGUUUUUACUUUUUAAAGUUCAUGGGGCAAAGGGCAUGUUGUUAGUUUGCUGUAAGAUUCUAUUCUGUAUAUAUGUUUUCAUGUAAAUAAGUGAAAAUCUAUAUUCAGAGUUAUAUUUUAAUUUUUAUUCAAAAUGAAAUAAAUCCCCUUUUUACUUGAG